GAUUGGUCCGCAGGCCAAGGGGGCGGGGCGAGGCCCCGCGCAUGCCCGCAGCGUGCGGGACGCGGGCGGCAGUCAUGGCUGCGCGGUGUGUGGGGCUGGCUCGGCGCGGCCUCCCGGCGUUGGCGCUGAGGCUCAGGCCCGCGCCGCGCCGGCUGUGCACGGCCGCGAAGCAGAAGGACGAGGACGCCGCGCCCGCCGAGCACAAGGCGCCGCCGCCCGCCGCCGAGAAGCCGGCGCUGGAGGAGCAGCUGAGGCUGGAGGAGCAGCUGCGGGCGACCACGGAGAAGUACAAGAGGGCGCUGGCCGACGCCGAGAACCUGCGGCAGCGGAGCCACAAGCUGGUGGAGGAGGCGAAGCUCUACGGCAUCCAGGCCUUCUGCAAGGACCUGCUGGAGGUGGCCGACGUGCUGGAGAAGGCCACGCGCUGCGUGCCCCGCGAGGAGCUGCGCGACGACAACCCGCACCUCAAGAGCCUCUACGAGGGGCUGGUGAUGACGCAGCUGCAGAUCCAGAAGGUCUUCUCCAAGCACGGCCUGCGCCGCCUCGACCCGCUGGGCGCCAAGUUCGACCCCUACGAGCACGAGGCGCUCUUCCACGCGCCGGCCGAGGGCCGCCCGCCGGGCACCGUGGCGCUGGUCAGCAAGGCGGGCUACAAGCUGCACGGCCGCACGCUGCGGCCCGCCCUGGUGGGGGUGGUGAAGGCCGCCUAGCGCCCCGCGGGACCCCCGCCCGCCCCGC